CAACACAAAUGAUAUUAUUUUGACCCGAGCGCUCAGUCGACUUGCCAGCUGACUUACAUAAACGAAACCGUUGCUAAACAAAGAAUAAUAACUUUUCAAAAAAUAUGUAUUUAUGCAGCGUGAAAAAUUUAACCCGCAGCGCCAAAGCGUGUGCUUUGCAGCGGUGGACAAAGCGGGCUUACUCGAAUAUUCGACUUGUUUAUAAGCACAGCUUCAGCCACUCAGUGAAGAUCAGACUUUACUCCACUCGCCAUAAACCGGUCCGUAUCGGCUGCGCUUCAGGGUUUUGGGGUGACACUGCGACAGCAGUCCCCCAGCUCAUACAUGGUGGUAAACUGGACUUCCUUGUAUUUGACUAUCUGUCCGAAAUCACCAUGUCCCUGCUGACAGCAGCCAAAACUAAGAUGCCUAAUAUGGGCUAUGCUCCUGACUUUGUUCUUGCUGCCAUUUCUCCAUUUAUUAAGCAUAUAAGUCAAAAAGGUAUUCGUGUGGUUAGCAAUGCUGGUGGGGUGAAUCCUCUCGCCUGUGCCUCUGCUAUACAAGAAGUGGUGCAGAAAGCAGGUCUAGACCUGAAAGUUGCAGUGGUAACUGGUGAUGACCUAAUGCCACAGAAAGACUCUCUGAAUAUGCUGAGGAUGGCUGAUGUAGAAGAAAAGAAAACACUUCCCAAAACUGUACACAGUAUGAAUGCGUAUCUGGGCGCUGUCCCUAUAAAGCGAUGUUUGGACCUUGGGGCUGAUAUCGUAGUGACCGGACGCUGUGUCGACAGUGCAGUAGUGCUUGGACCGCUGAUGCAUUCGUUUGGUUGGGAGCAGAGUGCCUUUGACCUCCUGGCUGCUGGAAGCCUCGCAGGACACCUGAUAGAAUGUGGUGCUCAAGUCACUGGUGGGAUUUUUACAGAUUGGCAUAAAGUUCCAGACUGGGAUAACAUGGGCUUUCCAGUGGUUGAAUGUUUGGCAGACGGCUCAUUUACACUGUCCAAGCCUCCCAAAACCGGCGGGCUAGUCUCAUUUGGUACAGUAGCAGAGCAGCUAGUUUAUGAAAUUGCGGACCCACAGCGUUACCUCCUACCUGAUGUCUCUUGUGACUUCUCACAGGUCACCAUCACUGAGAUACCAGGUGUGGAUGGAGGAGCUGUCAGAGUAGGUGGAGCAAAGGGAUCACCUCCAUCACGUGACUACAAGGUCUGUGCCACAUAUAUGGAUGGCUUCAGGGCUACAGCAGUUUGUCCAGUGGGUGGUCCUAGAGCUGCAGAAAAAGCCAGAAGAACAGCAGAGAGCAUUAUCAAAAGGACCAGGUGCAUUUUCAGACAGAUGGGGCUGGAUGAUUACAGUGGUGUCAACAUCCAGGUGCUGGGUGUUGAGGAUACAUAUGGACCACAUGCAAGUAACAGUGGCCUUCGGGAAGCAGUUCUUUGGAUGGCUGUCCAUCACAAGCAGAAGAAAGCUCUGGAGUUUUUCUCUAGAGAAGUGGCUCCAGCAGGAACUGGCAUGGCUCCUGGACUUACAGGCAUUGUAGGAGGCCGACCUAGAGUAUCACCAGUACUGAAGCCUUUUUUCUUCCUGUAUCCUAAAACAGAACUUAAGGUGAACAUCUAUCUCAAUGGAGAGUUGGUGGAGACGUUGAGAGAGGCUGACUCUUCUUUAGCUGAGUGGCGUGCCCCCUCCCGCCUUCCCGAAGAAAAUGUUUACAAGCCCACAGACCUGCCCACUGGCCCUCACAGUUACAGACUUGAGGAUUUGGCUUAUACACGAAGUGGAGACAAAGGAGACUCUGCAAAUAUUGGGGUAAUUGCAAGACAUCCACUUUAUUUUCCCUACCUGAAGAAAUUUUUGACUGCUGAUGUCGUGGAGAAAUACUUUCAGCAUCUGAUUAAAAAGAAUGAAAUGGGGUUUCCCUCUGUGACACGAUUAAGGUAUGAGUUGCCUGGUAUUUGUGGUUUGAACUUCGUGUUACACAACUCUCUUGGAGGGGGAGGGGUGGCCUCUCUAAGGAGUGACCCUCAGGGAAAGGCUUAUGGACAGAUGUUGCUGGACUACAGUUUGACUGGCCUGCCCCAUCUCACAUCACUGGUAGACUGAGGAAAGAGGGUGCUGUGAGGAAA